ACGUUCACUCAGCGUACCCACAAAGCUAACCUUGCCUGCCUGCCUUGCACUCACUCCUUCUAGAACACCAACCACCACCAACCCAAUCACCAACUACUUUCACAAUGGCCCGUACUAAGCAGACCGCUCGCAAGUCCACCGGAGGCAAGGCCCCCAGGAAGCAGCUCGCCACCAAGGCUGCCCGCAAGUCCGCCCCCUCUGCCGGUGGUGUCAAGAAGCCCCACAGGUACAGGCCCGGAACUGUCGCUCUCCGUGAGAUCCGACGAUACCAGAAGUCGACUGAGCUCCUCAUCCGAAAGCUCCCCUUCCAGCGCCUGGUCCGUGAGAUCGCCCAGGACUUCAAGACCGACCUGCGAUUCCAGUCCUCUGCCGUCAUGGCUCUCCAGGAGGCCUCCGAGGCUUACCUCGUCUCCCUCUUCGAGGACACCAACUUGGCCGCCAUCCACGCCAAGAGGGUCACCAUCAUGCCCAAGGACAUCGCUCUGGCCCGCCGACUCCGAGGUGAGCGAACCUAAUCUGGUUCGCACCACUGCCUCUCACUUUGGCCUCUGAUCCAUGGUAGCUGCUAGCUAGCGAGUACGAUGAAGGAAUAGUCACCACCUCUCUCAUGGCGACGGCAGCGACGCGAGCUGGAGCGUACGCGCGCCUUCUACCCUUUCUUCGCUACCACUAUGAUCUCUUUCCUCCGCACCCUUUCAUGUAUGCCCCUUGUAUUCUAGCCUCCUUCUCUUCUUCAAUCUCACUGCCUCUCGUUGCUUCAUACCAACGAGUCGCUAGCUAUAUCCACAUACUUUGAAGUCGUCUGACAUUGCUUGACUAUGACUUGGGCCGUCUGUUUCGCGUCUGAGCCACCCUCUCCCGGAAGAUCC